AAGAAAGGCAGCACUCUGUUCCCCAGAAAAGUGCCACCUGCGGCGGCAGUUUCACUUUCGGUUUCACCCGGGUGGUCCGCGGAGGCAAGCUAGUGGCGCUGCUGGAGAGGAGGUUUGGAUCCCGGCCACCAGAUGAGGAGCCUGGGGCCUUGAGAGGUGAAAUGAGGAGUUAGCCAAGGCAUACAGCUAAAUUAAGUAGCAGAGCUGGGAUUAGUCUCCCAAAUUUUUGAUCAGGAUUGUUACAAUGAGUCUACGGAAACAAACCCCGAGUGACUUCUUAAAGCAAAUCAUUGGACGACCAGUUGUGGUAAAAUUGAAUUCUGGAGUGGAUUAUCGAGGGGUCCUGGCUUGCCUGGAUGGCUACAUGAAUAUAGCCUUGGAGCAGACGGAAGAAUAUGUAAAUGGACAGCUGAAGAAUAAGUACGGGGAUGCAUUUAUCCGUGGAAACAAUGUAUUGUAUAUAAGUACACAGAAGAGAAGGAUGUGAAGACGCCAGGAGUACAAUACUUUUCAAACUGGGGUAUAUUUUUUUAUGAGAUUUUUGGGGGGUUCCUUUGUGACUUCCACUUGUCCCAUUUCAUAAUAGUUGGUGAUUUUUCACUGACCUGCGAGGAAGAGAAAUGUACAGAAUUGUGAUAAUGUAAUUGCGACGUGUUCCUUCCUAUUUAAGUUUCAGUCGUUUCCUUUUACCUCUGUGUCAGUGUGCAGAAAGCAAAAGAAUAAAAAAAGAAAGAAAAGCU